AUGUUCAAGAAACGGAAUGUGAAGCAGGAGCAGAAGCGAAAACGUGAUUUAGGGGGAGCAGCCGACGACGGUGAUGUUGUGAAGAAGAGCAAGAUGGGAAAAAAGGGCCCCAGCUUGUUAGGAACGAUGGAAUUUAAAAAAGAGAGCGAAUCUAAGGGUAUCAAGCAAACAGUCAGCAAAGGGCAGGAUGAGGAAGGCCAAUCUGAUGAUCAAAAUGACCAAUCAAAAGAUGUUAUGGAGAAGAAGUCGGGCAGGUACAACAUCAAACAACUGUCCUCCAGCAUCAAGACCAAUACAGUGAUAGAUUACCAGCCAGAUGUUUGCAAAGACUUCCUUAAAAACGGCUAUUGUGGUUAUGGAGAUACGUGCAAGUUUUUGCAUUACAGGGACGAGUUCAAGGUCGUGAAGAACCCCAAGAAAAGGGAAUGGGAGGAGGUGUUGAAGAAGAAUAAAAGAUUCUAA